AUGGACGAAAAGGUACUGGUCUCCAUCGAAAGGAGACUAAUUCAGGACAGCAAGCCAGUGACGGCAAAGCUGAUUGCAAUUCAACACCAAAUACAUAUCAACAAAGCACGUUCGUAUAUGGAAUCAUUUCUGCAACAACAGGAAAAGAGCAAUGAAUCACUACCAUAUGCCUUAUAUUCUUUGACCGGACAAGUACAUGCUAAAAGUGUACUUGAUAUCGACUCACAAAAAACAGAUGAUUCUAUGGAAUUAGAUGGCAUAAACAAAUCUAUGCAAGGUAGCCAUAAAGCAGUCUAUCUAUCCGAUUCUGAGCAUUUAGAAGAAACCAAAAAAUUAUUUGCACAAUCGCCAAUUGUAUCUCUCUAUGCUCUAAGUCCUCCUCUACCAAAUACAUCCACAAAGGUGCAAAAAGUGGCUGCUUUGUCUCAAUUACCAAGCAUUCAACAUGAAUUGAAGAAUACGCCAGAAUAUGUGAAUGCAUGGAGUGAGACUGGAUAUGGAGCACAUCUUGGCGGUAUUGCACCGGCAAAGGAUAUAACACGAUCCGGACAGAAUAAGGCAUCAUCGAGCGGUAUCGUUCCCAUCAAGCAAGAUACGAAGCCGGAUAUCAAACCUCCCGCCAAAGCAAGCGAGACCAAACCUUCAUCAAAAGCAGAAAGUUCUUCUAAGCUCAAUUUUGGUGCAAGUACAAAGUCAACCACAAAGAAGGAGAAAGAAGAGACCAAUAAGAAGGCUGCCGAAAAGAAGUCCGAUACUACAAAAGCCAAGAAAACCUCAAAGCAGAUUGACGAUGACGAAGAAGAGGACGAAGAUACACCGAUUGGAUAUGUUGGAGAUUCAAAGAUGUCAACAGACGUACCCGUCGAACAAGGAGGAGCUGAGCGGAAGAGAGCUGAUGCAAGUGAUAAACCUCUGAGCGCACAAGAAGAAAAGAGAAGAAGGCAGAAACAAGAGUUGAUGGAUAUGAUGGAUGAGGACAAAGAUGGAAAUGCAGACCCGGAUGUGCCUAUUGGCGAUAGCACUGCUACGAGCAUGAUGGGAGGAGAAGGGAAGGAAACAGAUCAUGCUCAGACAAAUGCACAGCCAGGUACGAAAAAGAGAGUACAGAAAGAACGCAAAGUUAUCAGAAAAGAAAGAUAUACGAACGAGAAAGGGUACAAGCAGACCAGAGAUGUAGAGGAAGUAGAAUUGUAUACGACAGACGAGAGUGAUGGAGAAUCAGAAAAGACCACAAAGAAAGCACCCGCGAAGAAAGCGCCUGCAAAGAGUAAAAGCGAAACAAAGAAAACCACCGAUGCAGAGAGCAGCAAGAAAGAGCAAGCAGCACCGGCUUCCGCACCUUCUGCUCCUCCACCAAAGAAGACCACCAACAAAGCAGCCGGUGGUCAGAGUAAGCUAUCGUCUUUCUUUACCAAGAAGACGUAG